AUCACACACGUACACGGUCGAGAUCCAGUGAGCCUUCUGCGCUUCGACCUCGCUCCCCGCCCCUGUGAAGUGUGAACGGUCAUGGGCCUCCCCUCUCGCACCUCUCCUUUCCCCUCCCGACUCCUCAGUCCUCACGCACACUUGCGCGCCAUGGAUGGCACCUCGCCGCUCACCGAUCGCCACAUGUUCGGCUAUAUAUUGUACUCCGAUCCCGCGACUCGACGGCUUCAUUCUCAACUGUGUCGAAGCAUCUACUGGCUAGCUAGCGCAAUGAUGGAGUUCUCUGACGAGGAGGAGCAGGGCCCGUCGCCGGCGUCGGAGUCGGAGUCGGUGCCGGAGUGCCCGCCGCUAAUGGCGCCGCAGCCGCCGUCGUCGCAGCGGCCGCUGCUGCUGAACCCGGCGUACGCGCGGUGCAAGUCGGUGAUCCACGACGAGCUGCGCAGCUUCCGCGCGUUCCUGCAGUGGUGCGCGCUCGACCACUCCACCCGCGCCGGGCGCGCCGCCUCGUACGCGGCGUUCCUGGCGCUUGCGCUCCUGGUGCCGGCCGCCGUCUCGGUCUCGCUCCGCGCCGACGCCGCGCUGUCCCCGGCCUCCGCGUCCGCCAUCACCUUCAACCGCGUCGCCCAGGUGCCCGCCACGGGGCUCGCCGCCAUCUCCUUCGCCACGCUGGCCGUCUUCUUCCGCCGCCUCGGGGGGCUCCGGCAGCUGCUGCUCCUCGACGGCGCGCUCCGCGACGACACCGCCUACGUCCGCCGCGGCUACGCGCGGGAGCUGGACCGCUCGUUCCGCCUCCUGGCGGCGCUCCUCCUCCCGUCCCUCUGCGUCGAGGCCGCGCACAAGGCCGUCUUCUUCUUCUGCACCGUCCGGGUGGAGCCCCCCGCGGCGCUGGGCGUGGUGCUCCCGCCGCUCCUCCCGCCGUGGCGGGUCCCCUGGCGCGCGGUGGCGCUGGUCGCCACGGUGGCGUCGUGGGUGUUCCGCACGGGGGUGUUCCUGCUGGUGUGCGUGCUGUUCCGCCUCACCUGCGAGCUCCAGAUCCUGCGCUUCGUGGGCAUCCACCACAUGUUCGACGUCGAGGCGCGCGCCGCCGCCGCCGCCGAGAUCUUCGCCGAGCACCGCCGCAUCCGGACGCAGCUGCUGGCCACCAGCCACCGGUACCGGGCGUUCAUCAUCUGCUGCCUCGUCACCAUCACCGUCAGCCAGCUCGGCGCGCUCCUCGUCGUCCUCUCCUCCGGGGACGCCAAGAGCUUCUCCAACACCGGCGACCUCCUGGUCGGCUCGGCGGUGCAGCUGAGCGGCUUCUUCAUGUGCCUGUUCGGCGCGGCCAGGAUCACGCACAGGGCGCAGAGGAUCGUGUCCAUCGCCAGCCAGUGGCACAUGAGCAUGGUGGCCGCCAUGCGCCACGGCAAGCCGUCGCCGGGCAGCGACGCCGACGCGUCCCGCGUCUCCGGCUCGUCGGCGGCCGUACCCCAGGCGGCGGAGCCCGGCGCGGCGUGCUCGUACAAGAGCAGACAAGCACUUGUGACGUACCUGCGCCACAACGGCGGCGGCAUCACCCUGUUCGGCUUCACGCUCGACAGGGGGCUCCUCCACGCCAUCUUCGUCUUCGAGAUGACUCUGGUGCUCUGGAUCCUCAGCAAAGUUGUGGUGCUCCAGUAGGACCCCGUGUACACGUGUCAAGACAGUCUUAUGCAUGGUAGUGCUACAAAAUUUCGCUCGCCAUUUCGCCUCAAAUGUAGGAUAAUAGAAUAAAUGACCCUUAUAAUAAUACAACAAUAGAUAGUAGUACCUAUACUCGUAUAAACGUAUGACGUAUUGUACAUUGAUAUGAUCCUCCGGUUUAACAUGCUACUUUUUUUUUGCGGUUAGUUUAACAUGUUACUUUGACAUGUGCUUUUUAUACUAGAAAAUAAAUUAAAGAAAUGGAAGCUUAUUUUAGCCCAAACCAA